AAAUAGUAAAGGAGUUAUGGGUAAUUUGGAAGAGCAUUAAUGUACUUUUAAUUAUUGACAUUUCAUUUUGGUUUUCCUUUUACCUUGGAAGGUAAGAAAAAGAAAGCAAUUUUAGAAAUAAUGUGAGGGGUAGGGAUGACUGCACAAAAAUUGGCCAGCGAAAGCCGCGGAGAUAGUCCUCAAAUGGCGGCUGCUACGGCUCUGACAGUUGCUUCUACUUCCUCAUUAUUCAGGGACACUGGACGGGCCGCCACACCAGUUGUUCUCCGACGCUGUAGCUCCUCCGCAUCCUCACCCUCUUCUCCUUCGUCAGGUAAUUAUUACUGUAGUAGCAGGCGAUUCCUUUCCCUGUCUUUAUGUGAAAAUGGUUGCCGACGACGCCGUGGCUGCUUUUUUCUGGCUUGCCUCCCGUCUUCGCCCAAGAGAACUUCUGGUGCCUCAAAAAAGCUCUACGUCAGUGGGCUCUCAUUUCGUACUACUGAAGAGAGCUUGAGGAAUGCUUUCCAAAACUUUGGCCAACUUCAAGAAGUUAAUUUGGUAAUGGACAAAAUAGCAAAUAGACCAAGGGGCUUCGCUUUCCUUCGUUAUGAAACUGAGGAGGAAUCUAAGAAAGCCAUCGAAGGAAUGCAUGGGAAGUUUUUGGACGGAAGAGUAAUAUUCGUCGAAGUUGCAAAACCCAGAUCAGAGCUGCGGCAAGGCCGUGUACAAAGCCCAAUACAACAAUGAGGCUCCGAAGCAGCGCAAGCGCCAUUCGUCCGAGUAGGGAUGCAUGGGCUGCACUUGAGCAUUUAAAGAAAUAUUAAGAAAGCUCAUUCCUCAUCUACUGUAAUUUGUUUCUGUAACAUUUCUUUUGAAAUGGCACCACAUCCCUCUUUGUAUACAUUGCUUACAUUGCCUAUUUCCUUUUUACGCAUAAAAGCAUAGCUUGAAGUUUCGAGUCUA